UAAAGCUCUUUCUCAAUUAAGUAAUGGCCGAGUAGGUUGUAGAUUUACAUUUGAAAACGUGUAAUCUACAAACAUCCUAAUUCUAGGACUAUUAUAUAGCAAAUAAUAUAUUUAAAAAUUAACCAGAAGAAUGGUUGCUAAAAAGCCAGCAUCUGCACCUGCACCUGCUACUGCCAAGAAAUCAGCAGGUCCAAAUGCAAAAGAAACGAAAGAACAAAAAUCUAAAAAUAUUAUGCGAGAUUUACAUAUUCGUAAAUUGUGUUUGAACAUUUGUGUUGGAGAAUCUGGUGACAGACUUACCCGAGCGGCUAAGGUAUUAGAACAAUUAACUGGUCAACAACCUGUAUUUUCCAAAGCUCGUUACACCGUUCGAUCAUUUGGUAUUCGUCGUAAUGAAAAAAUUGCCGUACAUUGUACGGUACGUGGUGCAAAAGCUGAAGAAAUUUUGGAACGUGGUUUAAAAGUACGAGAAUAUGAAUUACGUCGUGACAAUUUCUCUGGUACCGGUAACUUUGGUUUUGGUAUUCAAGAACAUAUUGAUUUAGGUAUCAAAUACGAUCCAAGUAUUGGUAUCUAUGGUUUAGACUUUUACGUAGUCUUAGGACGACCUGGUUUCAAUGUUGCACACAGAAGACGUAAACAAGGAAAAGUUGGUUUCUCACACCUUUUAACAAAAGAAGACGCUAUGAAAUGGUUCCAACAGAAAUACGAUGGUAUUAUUUUACAAAGCAAAGCAAAAUAAAUUAAUUUACUUUGUCUUACUUAUGUUUAAUAAUAAAA